GCCUGCGCCGGAGGCGGCGCUGGGGGCUGCGGUUCCGGGCACGCCCCGAAAGAAGGCGGCUUGUGAGCCGCGGCCCCGCGGUCAGCGGAGCGCUCGGCCCGGCGGGGAUGGACGCUAUGCGGCUCUGCGCGCUCUGGCUGCCGGGCCUGGUCUUCAUCCGCCCGGGGUCGGGAAGGGGCCCGGGAGACCCGACUGCACCGGCAUGCUCUAAUUUUUCCUUCAAGUCCUGUGAAGAAUGUCUAAAAAAUGUUUCAUGCCUUUGGUGUAAUAAAAAAAACACUUGUAUGGACUAUCCUGUGAGAAGUAUUCUUCCAUCAUCUUCACUGUGUCUGCUCUCUGAUGCUCGAUGGGGUGUUUGCUGGAUGAACUUUGAGGCCUUCAUCAUUGCCAUAGCUGUAAUUGCAGGACUCAUCCUGCUGUCCAUUGGUGUCUGUUGCUGUUACUGCUGCUACUGCAGAAGGCGUUCUAGGCGUAUACCAGAUGAAGAGGAGGAAAGACUUGCCAGAGAUCGAGAAGAGAGACGAAUGCAAUCUCUUCAGCGGAAACAUGAAAGAAAAAUGAAACAGGAUGAGAUACGCAAGAAAUAUGGUAUGUAUGCUAAUCUUACUAUUGAUAAUAUCCAUUAUUUACUCCCCUGCUUGAAUUACCAAGGAUCUACUAUAGCAUUGCACAUUAUUCUAUUGAUAGAUGUUACAUAUAAUAAAGUCUCCUUCAGGAUUCUGAUCAUCCUUACAGUAGAUUUGAGAAUGAAUGAAAACGGACACUGUUGAAUCUCCUCAUCGAAAGCUAAGAUUCCAGGAUAAAUGAGCACUUUUAUUUUGCUUUUCAGUGGUCUUCAGGCUUCCUUUCUUGCAGGUUUUCAGACAGUAAAAAUAAAUGCACAAAUAUUUACUAAAAUAUGCAUUUUUUAAUCUGGCAUGUUUAUCUUUUAGAACUAUAAACUUUUAUAAACACUUUUGAUUUUUGAAAUAUUUGCCAAUUGUGCUCUCAUUAAAUGUAAAAUGUCAUUUUUCCACUUUUAAUAAAGCUUUUCUUUGGAAUCUGA